CAGUUCUCAGUUGUUUUUCGUGUCGGAUAGUUGUCACUCGAGCAGCUACACUCUUGAGAAGCAAAGCUAAAGUGAGUUAUACUCAGAGUUAUUCUGUAAAGUUGAAUGAAGGGAAAAAAUCAGUCAGUCAGUCAGCGGUGUGUUCGGUGGAAAUAGUUUCAACGGAAACGCUUAUGUGCCCGGCUCCCACCAACAAUUGGUGCCUGGAAUUCGCAGCAAACAAUAGUGCUUGUUGUAUGUUUCUUUGUUGAAUUUCCCCUCCCCCGCAAACGGAUGAAAAGCAAGGUGUUGAUAGAAAAGCUGUAGAAAAAAAUAAUUGUGGAUUUUUGUGCUAUCUGUGCCCUACUAUAAUCAUUAUCGGACCUUCGUAGCUUUGCAGGUGGAAAACCCAAAGUUACGCCCCCCCAAAAAAAACUAAAAAACUUGAAACUGGAAGAUACCACAUCGGGAUAUUCUUCCAACAAAAUCACAUAGGAGUGUGGAGUGCUAAAAAAUAUGGUUUGGUGUAAGUCACAAGCGAACACUAACAAUCUCGGUGAAAAUGCCUCGGCUCAUAUUGUUGAUGUGAUACGUUCGUCCCCAGUAAAAGUCGCUGCUUCGCAACCGGAAGUUAACGCCGAAUCGCUGUUGCUGGUGCUAGAGUCACAAGACCGCCACUAUCGCUGCAAUCCUAGUUUCGCUAGCUGUCAUCAUCAAGCGCAGCACAGCGUUCUACUGUUACAGUUCGUGCCAGAAGUCUGCGGCCACGAUUUGGACCAAGUUCUGUGAAGUGAGGAAAUUUGGCGAGGAAGUAGUGGAGUGAACGUGAAGGAGAGAGAGAGAGAAGUGGAAGAAAAUUUGAAAAUUGUGGUUAUUGCUCGAUAGUUUUUUGUGUACUGUAUAGAAUAGGUUUCGGUGGACGGUGGAUUUGUGGACAAGCAGAGAGUAAUAAAUAAAAAGUGAAAAACUGAACUCGAGCUGAAAGCAAAAGUUACAGAGCGAGCCGGAAGAAAAUUUCAACGUAGUGAAAAAUCUGUUGGAGGAAGAGCUGCCUAAACGUGAUCUUCGUUUUUUUAUCAAUCGUUUUUUACGUACUCAAGUGUCAGUGUGUGUACCCGUGGACCUGAAACGUCUGAGCACUUAUGAAAAAAUACUUCCUUAACAAAAUGUCAACCGGAAAACGUUUGGCAAAACGGUCCAUCAUCGGCACCCGGGUGUGCGCUCCCGGUGCCGAUGGGAUCUGGUACUCGGGGGUCAUCCAGGCUGUCAAGACGCCCCCUUCAGCUAACCAGAAGGACAACACCAACUGCAUCAACCUAACGCCGCAUACGCGUUACUCGGUUCGCUUUGACAGCAAGCAGGAUAUCUCGCGCCGUGGGCUGGCCCGGGAAUUCCGCGAAAGCGAACUAAUCGGACCCGGCUUUAAGACCAUCAUGGACGUACGACUAAAGCCGGGUCAGAAGGUGUUCCUGACCUACAAUGGACGCGAGAGCGCAGGCGAGGUUCUGCAACACGAUGACCUGAAAGACGAGGUCACCGUGAAGAUCGUACCCGUUGGACAAGAGGUAUACAAAGAGUCCACUAGCGGUGAUGACUUGCCCGUUUCUAGCAAUUCCCCGAUUGAGCUCACGAAACGCCUGGAAGAGGUUCGUCUGCUGGAGUCGCGUCGUUCGCCCCGUCUGGCCGACCAGGAUAAGGAUACGGACUUUGCCCGGCUAGCGGACAUGGCCGGGGAUCGUAGGCGACAAUCACACAACAUCGAUGUGCCAUUCUCACUCACGCAACAAAAUGGAUCUCGUAAACGACGCCCCUCAUUCUCGCCGGACGAUCGGGAAUAUUACAGUAUUAACGACGACGACCCAAUGGACGAGUGCAACGCUGCUCUGGUACUUAUGAGCCUGUCCUGUUCCCCAAUCGCAAACGUCGCCGGCUGGGAGACCAUCCUGGGCACUAGCCCCGGUAGCAGCAGCACUUCGUGGAGCACCGGCUCGGCCUCACCGCCGCUCAGCGAUGACGAACGUUCCAAUCUGCUGAACAAGAAAAACAACGGCCACGGUGACUGCACGGGCAAUAACAAUGACGUCGCCAUCGCCGACCACAACAACACUGCCACCAACGGUACCACCAACGAAAUUGUGAUUCGCGGCAUACGGACUACAUCACUCUCCAACGACGAAGGCAUCGGAAUGGAAUACGAGGAAAUUAAGACGAAACCGAAGCGAAGGCCGGGUCGUCCAAUCUUCCUGUGCACCUGGAAGGGUUGUGGUGCUGUAUUCGCAUUAUACACUGAGAUCUCCGCUCACGUACGGGAGUUACACAUAGGCCCCCGUGGUUUUGACGAAGGUAGUGACGAGGAGGAUUUCUUCUUCACUGAAAUCGAGGAUGAAGCUGACAGUUUUCUCGUUGCACUUCAUCCGCCGUCGCCACCGACUUUGAGCCAUCGCGACAUGGCUCGACCUCCUCACGAGGAUCCGGAGUACCAGCGGGAGAUCGUUGGUAACUACCGGCAGGGGCUACUGUCUAUGGCCACCCAACAGCAACAACAGCAAUUGCAGCAGCAGCAGCAACAACAACAGCAACAACACCACGUUCAGCAUCACCUCCAACAUCAGCAGAUGAACGCUGCCAUCAAACCGCCACUGCCAGCGGCCACCGGUCACCAACAACAACCGCUCCAUCAUCACCACCAGAGCUUGAAUAACAAUAACAACAACAACAACAAUAUUGUUGGCCAGGGAAGCAACAGCAAUGGAAGUACCGGUAGCAACAACAGCAGCAGCAAUGGCAGCGGUACGGUCCACCCGCACACAUCGCCUCUGCUACAUCACAGCUACAGCUGGUCGCAAGUUAGUCCGACCUCGCCCCAGAAACACGUCCGUCUGUCGCCCCGCCCGUCGUCCACCUAUCCGUACCCAUCGCCAAACUACUCAAACCAAAUAGCUCAACAACAACACUACCAGCAGCAGCAACAGCAACAGCAGCACCUUAGCCAGAUCCAGCUCUCACCGGGAGCCACCCCCUAUCAGCCAGCGAUUGGUGGCGGCGCCAUCACCCCUGGCGGUGGCCAGGUUCAACCGAUAAACGGUGCGGGAGCGUAUGUGGCGCCAGGCACCAGCCCCGGCACCACGAACAAUCGUUCGCCGCUUUCGCCGAACCGCAGGACGCGGGGCGAGAACAAGAAGUGCCGCAAGGUAUACGGCAUGGACCACAAGGAGCAGUGGUGCACCCAAUGCAAGUGGAAGAAGGCAUGCAGCCGCUUCGGAGACUGAUCCAAAUCGAAGAAGCAGCCGCUGCCGCCGCCGGGCACUUCGGCGACAUUACAGCCUCAAUCUGCAGCGACAACAGCACCAGCGCCACUAGCGAGUGCUGCCUUAAACCACCAUCAACAGCAGCAGCAACAACAACAACAACAACAACAACAACAACAACAACAACAACAACAACAACAACAACAACAACAACAUCUCCACAACAACAGUGACAGCCAGCAGUCGGCAAUCGUUUGACGCGAUGAUUGCGCCAGCAUGGUCUAAUGUGUGUACGCAAAUCAGCAUGAACGGGUUUAAGGUGCAUGUGUGAGAGGGAUGCAUGCGUUCGUGUGUUCACAUACUCGUAUAUGGGGUAAAUGAAAAAAAACAAGCGGAGGUAAAAAGUAAAAACAUUAAAAAAUGAAAUCAAUUCGUAAAGAGAUAGUUUGUAGGUUCUAUUGAGUGUAAUGGUGUUAGAUUUACGUUCUCAGCAAACAGUAUGUAAAGUCGCAAUCGAUACCAAUUGUACAGAAAGAUGGAUGAACUGAGCGUAAAAACGCAACAAGUUGAUUCAGCAAUUCGAUUCCAGCAAUGGAGGGAAAAACAUAUUUUACCGUUAACACAUACCGUUACAGAAAACAAACCAACAACACAUUAGAAGUGGCUAAAAAAGUUUAUGCACCUUGUUAAAAUCUAGUUUGACGAUUUUUGGUUUUCGAUUGCUAACCCACGCUCUAACUAUUUACAAAAAGCAACAAACAAAAAUUGAUUCUAACCAUGUGUGCGAAAACAGAAACAAAGUUCAAACUGUAAGUUGAACCAUGUGAUUGAAUACUGUUGAAACUUGAAUAUUAUUUUUUUUCGAAAAUUUACUAUAGAAUCCAGCAUCGCUGUUAUACAAAAUUAUCUGUCUUCUAUGAUUCUUACACAUAUUAAAGCAGAAUGGCUGAAUGUUGUACUCUAAUGAUCGUUUUCAACCAAUAUUAGACAAAAACGGUAAAAUACACACAAACGUUGAAAUCCAUAACGUAAUUAUAUAGAAAUCGAAGCAAGCGUGGAAACAAAAAAUUCGCAUCCAUCAACAGUGUGGCAUCCAACUUCGACUUCGGACGGAAACAUGAAAGGUAAACACGAAACUGGUCUUUGAAUGGUCGUCUAUCUCUUUAUCGAAUUAUUCGUGGCAAAAGCGAGAAAGCUCUUUUGUCGCGGAGACAGAAAAAAAACGUUGUAAUCGAAACCGUUAAUAAUCGCAACAAGACUCUUAAAGGCUGAUUUAGUUUUUAACAAACAAAAACCAAACACGCGAAACCGAAAACAAGAGGCCAUUUUCUGUGUAAUAUAUGACAAUGUGUGGUAUCAUCGGAACACAUCCGGCAAACUCCGCCACCUCGUGUCAUAUCUGUGUGGGAAGCGGGUGGCAGUCAAAAAAAAGCCAGAAAACGCCAUCAUGUCUAUCCGGUGGCGGCGAGCCACACGAAAGUCUCGAUUGAAGAUUGAGACGAAACGACCGUCAUUACCGUCACAUACAGUAAGAUCACAAUUGCGUACAUACAAUAAGGAACGAUAUAAAAAUCUACGAAUAAACGCGAAUUAUGCCACUGCCAAUUUACGUUAGAGGAGAGAAGCGCUACAUCACAAAAAAACAUGUUGAUUGCGUGUAACCGUAAGAAUCGUAAUUAAUUUGGAUUGUGUACGUGUAUGAACAGCAGAAAAGAUCAUCUCCUAAUUAGACAUGUUUUCCAGAACAGAAGCAAACGUAACUAAUCAAUGAAAUAAGUCAACACUGUACGAUUUAAAGAGAACAGAUUUGCAAAUUCAAUAAUAAUUAACGUAAGUUCUAAGACUAUAAUGAAGCUCGAAGCAAACUAAGAAGUUGUUCGUUUAAACAAAAACAAACCGAGAAAGCAAAAACACACACAAACUAAAAUGCGACAAAAGGUAAAAUUGUGAUAUAUUCCAGACAGAGGACGACAGAAUGAGUAAUUUAGAUUACCGAAGAAUUUUUUUCUGUUCAUUUUCUGUGUUCUUAUGAAUAUUUAUAGAUAUUUGUUUUUUUUUUAUUUUGAAACUAAUAUUUGGUUUCCUAAUGGUGUGGGUUUAGAUGUUCCCACCCCUUGAUCAAGCACUUUUUGUGUGUUUCGAAUUUUUGGCAAUAGUGUCGAUUCUGCAUUUUUGCCAAGGAAAACGGGAAGGCUGUUGGUGGAAACUUCUCUUAUAAAACCUUUUUCGUGUUCUCGUCAACGCUGUGUAACGGGAUGUGAAAGGUUGCGUACACAGUUCACUCAUCCGGUGUCUUCAGAGCACGGAUCGUGGAAUUAAACUUGUGAUAUCGCGUUUUCUGCUCUGUACAAAAGAGAGAAACUAAAGAAGAAUAUGAUCUCGGUGAAUCGAUUUAUUUAUUCUAUGACAGAUUAUUUGUUGAAUUGUUGAUAUUUGAUGCUGCUCAUAUGAUUCACACAUCAUUCUUCAAGACAAAAUUCACUUACAUUAUUUUCCUUGAGAACCGCCUGCUCACCUUCUCCAGAUUGUUUAAUGUGAUUUGGAAAAUAAAAAAUGUUGAUUAAGUUCAGUUAGCAAUAUUUAUAAUUUGCCUUCGAACGGUUUGGAAUGAUCUCCCGGAAGAACAAUGUUUGGGGCCAUUGGUUUGCUUUAUCCCAUGAUUAGAAAGUGUCCAACAGGCAAUGAACAUUGGAGAACUAGUUAAGAUUCAACCACAAUGGAAUAACCCACAAUUGGUUGGCGAAAUUGAAAGAUCUAUGCGUGUUUUAACAAUACCUAUCAAAGACUAAUUGACUGAAUAAAUGUUACCAAAUUGAUAUAGCGAUUAGAACAAAGCAUAAUGUCGAAAGCAAUCGAUCGAUAAUGCAUGCAUGUAAACAUGUAAACAUCGGUGUAUAUCCCCGUGUUCUUUUCCGUUUCCCCGGUGCAAUCGAAGGCCACAGUGACAAUCGCGAAACCCGACGCAACAUCAAUUUGAGAAUUAGAAAAAAAAGAAAUCAAAAUCAAACAAACAAUCGAUCGAACCGAUGUUUGUUCCGUCGAUUUUUAUGUUUUUGUGUUACGCCUAAAACACUUCCAACAAAGAGAACGAACACGUGUGUAGCAUAACAAAAAAAACAUCUCGAAAACAAACCUCUUGGCGAAUUUCGAGGGCGAAAAAAUAACAAAAUAAAAGACUAAAUUUUUUGCCUAUUUAUAUGUACUAACGGUAAUUAAACUUGUAUUUGGGUAAAUUUUACGGGGGUCACACUCCCCAACGUCGUAACGUUUUGCGUGAACUUUUUGCGAAUUAGAAAAACUAGAACAUAACUAUUCGGAAAUGAUGCCACGACACCAACAUCAACCAAGCUAACAAUUUGAAAAAAAGCGCAAA